AUGAAUGCAUCGGGGAUAGUUGAGAAUGGUCAAUCCAAGUUUGUCCAGAAAAGGCGAAUUUGGCCAAAAAGUGAGUAUCCCGGGAUGUCCAAAAAUGCGAACAUGCAGGACGCCCAGGUGCAGACGCCCUUCAGACUGCGCCUGACAACUCCACACUCGUUCGGGGAAGUGAUGAUACCAGCUCAAGCACAAAGCGUUUCAAAUGUAGUUGGUCUAGGAGAUGCAGAUCGUUAG